GCGCGGCGCAGCGUAGCGUAGGGGCGGAGCGAGAGAAAGCGAAAGUGGCGGAGGGACCGUUGUAGCGGCGGCGGGAGCGGGGCCCGCCCCGGCGGGGAGCCCGGCGAGAGGCCAGGGGGGAACGGCGUCUUUCGUGGGCGCGGGGCGGGCGCCCCCUGCUGGGCCGGAGGAGUUCCCCCGGGCAGUCCCAGAAGGGGGGUCCCCACUGUCCCCCUGGAGCCGGGCCCCGGGACGCGGGGACCCCCCUGCCCGCGUUGAGUAGCGACCGGGGGACGCCCCGUCUCCUUCCAACGGGACCCUAGGACUCGGGGACCCCGUCGUCCCCCCGCUCAGGGGUCCCUCGUCCCCUUCCAGCGGGACCCCCGGGCUCGGGGACCCCGGCCAUGUCGCGGCUGGAGGCGGUGGCCAACGUGGUGCUGCGGGUGCCGGCGCUGGCCCUGCUGGACCUGCUGUACCGCUGGGACGUGGCGGCCAUCGCUGAGCUGCUGCGGCCCCGCCACGGGGACGGCCUCCGUGGGGACACCCUGCUGCGGCCCCGCGCCCUCUGGGGCGCCUACUGCCUGGGACACGUGCUGUGCCUGGUGCUGCUGGUGCUGCCGGUGCGCUCCCUGGUCAGGCUCUACCUCCACCUGCUCACCGCACUGCUGCUCUGCGCGGGGCAUCAGAGGGCCAGUGACUAUGUCCACCGGGAGCUGGAGCGGGGAUUCCAGGGCGCUGUGUACAGCGACGUGGCAGAGUUCGGCCGCUUCACCACCGCCCUCGCAGGCCAGGUCUGCAUCUGCGUCCUCUGCACGCUGCUGAUGAGGACCCGGCAAGCCUGGCUGUUCGCCGCCCCACUGCUGCCCGUGCUGGCCCGGCUCUGUGGCUUCCCCCUCCAUGCCCUGCCCCUGGCCAACACGUUCGCUGCCAUCCUCACCAGCAUGGAGGUGCUCUACGUGCUCAGCUCCCACGUCCUCGUUCCCUUCCAGCUGGCUGUUGCCGCCUGCCGUGAGAUCUUACAGGCCAUGGAGGUGUACCGGCUGCUGGCGCUGGGGAUGUCUCUGUGGAGCCAGCUGUCUGUCCCCCUCCUCUUCCUCGUUUUCUGGCUGGUGCUCUUCUCCCUGCGGCUCUCCUCCUUCCUGGCCUCCUCCAGCAGCCCCGUGGCCCAGCAGGGUCUGCUCUUCGUCCUGCUCAGCAGCGUGGCCGAGUGCUGCAGCACGCCCUACUCCCUCGUCGGCCUUACCUUCACCGUCUCCUACCUGGCCCUGGGCGUGCUCAACCUCUGCAAAUUUUACCUGCUGGGCUUUGGCGCCUUCCAGAAUGGCAACGUCAUGCACAGGGGGGUGACGGAAGGCGUGACGCUGCUGCUGCUGGCGCUGCAGACGGGGCUGCUCGACCUGCAGGUCCUCCAGCGGACCUUCCUCCUCAGCAUCAUCCUCUUCAUCGUGGUGACGUCCACGCUGCAGUCCAUGAUCGAGAUCGCCGACCCCAUCGUGCUGGCUCUGGGGGCCUCCCGCAACAGGAGCCUCUGGAAGCAUUUCCGCGGUGUCAGCAUGUGCCUCUUCUUGCUGGUCUUCCCCUGCUUCAUGGCCUACAAGAUCGCGCACUUCUUCCACCUGGACUUCUGGCUGCUCAUCCUGGUCUCCAGCUGCAUGCUCACCUCCCUGCAGGUGAUGGGCACGCUCUUCAUCUACGCGCUGUUCAUGGUGGAGCUGCUCCAGGACACGCCGCUGGAGCGCAUGGACGAGAUCAUCUACUGCGUGAACGCGGUGAGCCGGGUGCUGGAGUUCCUGGUGGCCCUGUGCGUGGUGGCCUACGGCACCUGGGAGUCCCUGUUCGGUGAGUGGAGCUGGAUGGGAGCCUCCGUCAUCAUCAUCCACUCCUACUUCAACGUCUGGCUGCGCGCCCAGUCGGGUUGGCGGAGCUUCCUGCUGCGCCGCGAGGCCGCCAAGAAGAUCAGCUCCCUGCCCCGGGCCACGCGCGGGCAGCUGCGGGACCACAAUGACGUCUGUGCCAUCUGCUUCCAGGACAUGCAGGUGGCCGUCAUCACCUCCUGCAACCACUUCUUCCACGGCGCCUGCCUCCGCAAGUGGCUUUACGUGCAGGACACGUGCCCCAUGUGCCACCAGCAGGUCACGCCAGCGGCCGCCAAGGAGGACGGCAGCGCUGGCACGGCGGCUCGGCCGGUGCCAGCCCACGAGGACGAGGUGCCGGGGGACGGAGGAGCCCCGCCCGGCCCUGGGAGGACAGGCCAGCCCGGGAGAGCUGCUCGAUGGGGACAGCGCGCUUCUGGGCCCGGGGGACAGCGGGGCUUGCCAGGGUGACGGGGAUGAGGUCCGCAGCCCCCACCUCUCUGCUCGUCCCGACAGCCCUGCUCCGAGGGAAGGAGAAGCAGGUGCCGUCCAGCAGCCCAGUGUGGGCUCUUGCCCCAGCACCGUGCCCCACGGGGACAGUGCUCCCCACGGGGA